GUGCACCACAGCAUGCAGAUCAGCACGGGAACGAACUCGUGAGUCGCGAAAUGCAGAGUAGGAACGAGGAGUUUUAGGGUAGGAGGCGCCACCUUCAAGGCGGUCCAAAGGUAGCUCUAGCUUUAGGUAGAAGGCUGCUAUUUAUACGCUGAGGAGGAGCUGAGGAUCAAUCAAGUGCUCCCAUCUUCCUGUACAUACCUUUAACCCCACUUGAUCCGACUUCCGUAGCCGCCCACAUCUCCAAACAGCGCUCGAUGUACGGUCUCUAAUGUUAUGCUGGACGCUCCUUAGCCAUGGCAGCAGAAGGCCUUUCUUUUCCAGGCACUGAGCCAGCCGCAAUUGGCGCCGACUCUCUCCGUUUCUGCUCCAGGGAAGGGUCUCCGGUCGAGUCCACCGAGUCAUCAGGCAGCCUUUUGUCGGGCGGGACCAGCACCAGCAGCGGAAACACCUUUAUCAUGUCUGGAGCAGCACGGGAGAGCGUCUCUCCUGAGCCUUUGCCGGUGGAAGCGAGGGUUGGGUUUCCUGACAACGGAUGCGAGGGGACACGCAAAGAAUGUCACCGCUCAGAAGCCUGGGCGCAGGACCUGUACUAUAAGAACGAGCUGGUCAAUGUCAAGCGGAGCUUUCGGGAACGGAUGCUUGUGAUGAAAGUGCGCAUGAAGGAAGAAGAGACGGCUCUGAAGCGGAAGAUUGCGAGGCUGGAGUCUGAGGCUGUUAGGUUGCUUGCCACAAACGCAAGGUUAACGGAGAUCGAAGAAGAGAACCUUCGCUUGAAGGAGACAGUCACAAACCUGGUUACUGUACUAACGGAAGCCAACAAGCCGGAGCCAAAGCGGUUAAAGCUGAGCUGACACCGGGCUGAGUGCGUAGUCUUAGAUUGUCCAUAUGUGUCUGACUGAGAUCACGGAAGUUAGUUGUCUAUCUGAGGACCGCCAUCAGUUAGGCAGAGUGAUAUGAAGCUUAGGUGAGAGGUCUUUGUGCAUACUCAAGCUCGUCUUUCGAAAGCUCUAGCGCGCAGACUGUGUUGCCAGGUAGCAGCAGUGUGUGCGAGACACCGACGGUCAAGUUGCCUGCCAUUUGAGCCCAAGGGAGGGCAAGAGCCAUACAUUUGGCAAAAUUGUAGGUGCAGUGCCAGCUGUAGAUACUUAUUCUUCGACAGUGUGAGAUACAAGCAGAUUCAUGUCAAUGGACUUCACAAUCUCGGAAUGCAAUGGGGACGUUUCUUGUUGUCCUCCACAAGCGUUUGAGAGCUCUGUUUUGAG